UAAAAAUAGAAAGAAAUACAAGGAAAUUUAGUUCAUUCCUUCCAUCCUCGUAGGCCCAAAAUUCCGAAGCUCCGAACCGUGUCUCUUCUCUAAGCCUGCGACUCCAUCACCGGCAGUCCUUCAUCACUACCACUAAAUCCAUAACUCGGACUUAUUUUAGAUUAAUCGAGUGAAAUAAAGAUUACCCAGAAUAUUAAAGAUGAGCAACGUGCCUAAAGAAGCAAUUGAGGUCGUAGCGCAGAGCAUUGGCAUUACCAAUUUGUCUCCUGAUGUUGCACUUGCUCUCACCCCAGAUGUCGAGUACCGGGUUCGCGAGAUCAUGCAGGAGGCCAUCAAAUGCAUGCGACACUCGAGACGGACUAUUCUGACAACCGAUGAUGUGGAUAGCGCACUUAAAUUGAGAAAUGUGGAGCCAAUAUAUGGCUUUGGUUCUGGAGAUCCUUUGAGGUUCAAGAGAGCUGCUGGACAUAGGGAUUUGUUCUACAUAGAUGACAAGGAUGUUGAAUUUAAAGAUGUGAUUGAGGCACCUUUGCCAAAAGCACCAUUUGAUGUGUCAGUUACUGCUCACUGGCUGGCAAUCGAAGGUGUUCAACCUGCAAUUCCAGAAAAUGCUCCAGUUGAAGCACUUGCUGUAUACUCUGAUGUCAAAAAAUCUGAAUACAAGGAAGACGGACUUCCUGUAGAUGUUAAAUUGCCCGUUAAGCAUGUACUAUCAAAGGAACUUCAGCUUUACUUUGAGAAGAUUACAGGGCUUACUCAAAGGUCUACCUCAAUCCUUUUUAAAGAAGCAUUAGUGAGCUUGGCAACAGAUUCAGGGCUCCAUCCAUUGGUUCCUUACUUUACAUGUUUCGUUGCUGAUGAGGUUACACGCAAUUUGAAUAAUUUUCUCCUCCUAUUUGCUUUAAUGCGUCUUGUCCGGAGCCUUCUUCAAAAUCCUCACAUACAUGUUGAACCUUAUCUACACCAAUUGAUGCCUUCUGUUAUUACCUGCCUUGUUGCAAAAAGACUAGGGAAUAGAUAUACUGACAAUCACUGGGAACUUAGAAACUUUACUGCGAACCUGGUUUCUUCAAUUUGCAAAAGAUUUGGACAUGUUUAUCACAAUCUUCAGCCACGUUUGACAAGGACUUUGCUUCAUGCUUUCUUGGACCCAACCAAAGCAUUACCCCAACAUUAUGGUGCAAUUCAAGGGCUGGCAGCUCUUGGUCCCAAUGUGGUUCGCUUACUUAUACUACCAAAUCUCGAUUCGUACAUGCAACUUCUUGAACCAGAAAUGAUACUUGAGAAGCAAAAAAAUGAGAUAAAGAGGCAUGAAGCUUGGCGUGUCUAUGGGGCCUUGCUGCGUGCGGCUGGCCAAUGCAUGCAUGACCGGCUCAAGACGUUCCACAGUUUGCUGUCUCCUCCAGUUCAUCCUGUUUGGAAGAGCAAUGGAAAGAUUGCAACAACAAUGACAAAUAAACGCAAAGCAAGCACCGACAACUUGAUGCUGCAACCACCACUCAAAAAAUUAGCUCAUGAUGGCAUGGUUGGAGCAUUACCAAUGAACUCCAUGCAAGUUGACAUGCAAGGGGCAGCGGGCGGAUUUUCCUCAUCUGUUGGGAGCUUGAAUGUUGGUGUAUCAUCGAUGUCCCACCAGUUACCAAAGGAACAAAUGUCAGGAAGGGAUGUCAGUGGCCAACUGGUAAAGGGGUCUACUGGUCUUGCUCAGGCAUGGAAAGAAGAGACCGAUGUUGGGCAUGUAGUCGCAUCUUUGUUUGAACAUUUUGGUGAAAGUGUACUCCCCUCUACUCCCAAAUCAGAGUUAUUUUUUUUCUUGUGAUUAAUUUGUAUUUGGUGCUAUUUAUUGUUCUCAUGAAUAUGUAUAUCAUUUGUUUAAUAGGAAAAAAUUAACAUCCUAUUGGAUAUGGAUGUGUAUGCACAACGAAGUAAUUUGGUAUUCACGUUCAAAAGCAAUCUAUAGGUUGCUGUAGUUGCA